AUGGCAACCCCCGCCGACACAAUGAAUCCUGACAAUGAAGCCGCACCAUUAUUGGGGGCCAAAAAAGCGCCCGCGUCGCGAUCACAGAAGCUGACGGUGAUGAUUGCAACGACCGCGCUAAUCCUUGCCAUUGAUUUUGGAUUCUAUCUUACUACCGCACCCCAAACGAAGGUCUUCGAAAAUAUCAUCUGUCGAAACUACCUGAAUGCUCAAGGUCAACCAGCAGGUACAAUUCUAACUGAUGGUGUCUGUAAGUCCGAGCCAGUGCAGGUUGAAUUGGCCCUUGUGAAUGGGUGGAAGGAGACUUCUGAUAUCGUACCGGGCAUCCUACUUUCUGUCCCGUAUGGCAUUUUAGCGGACCGCUGGGGACGUAAGCCGGUUCUCCUUCUGGGUAUUCUGGGAACCCUCCUCGGCGAGAGCUGGGUUCGAGUUGUGUGCUUUUAUCCUACAAUCCUGCCACUGCGGCUGGUCUGGCUGUCUGGAUUAUGGAAGAUCAUUGGCGGAGGGGAUAAUGCCCUUUCAUCUAUUGCUCUGGUUAUGGUUGCGGACGUAUUCCCCGAGGAAGAGAUAGCUACGGCCUUAUUCCGCCUCGGCAGUGCGGUGUUUCUGUCUGAAAUUCUAGCCACCCCAGUCAGCGCAUACCUGAUGGCUAGUGAUCCAUGGAUCCCAUUUGUAUUGGGACUUGGGAUUGCCAUUCUGGGAUCAGGUGCUGCGCUUCUAAUGCCAGAAACCUUGACUAAGGCCAAAUCUAAGGUCUUUUUAACGACCGAGGCUAGCGAGGAAGAAGCGCAGUUAUACUCAGAUGAGAAUGACUCUCUCGGUCAACAUAUCAAGGUCAACAUGCGCAAACUUCGUGACUCGACCAAAUUUAUUUUUGGUAACACAGCCGUCGCCAUAUGUCUCUUUUCGCUGUUCAUUGCGGCUAUCAGCAAGCAGUCGACGAGUCUCCUGCUGCAGUAUACAUCUAAACGUUUCGAUUGGAGCAUAGCCAAUUCCAGCCUCCUCAUUUCCUUACGCGGCAUCUUUGCCUUAGCAAACUUCUUGCUCCUCAUGCCAGCCGUGUCCUCCAUACUCACAAAGUAUUUCCAUCUUCCUAGCAGUUUGAAAGACCUAAGAAUAGCACAAGGUAGCAGUUUCAUCUCCGCCCUUGGCCUAUUCAUCAUCGGAACGGCUUCAUCCCGAGCAAUUCUAAUUACGGGAAUUGUGUUCGUCGCAUUGGGGGCUCCUUUUGCGGUGUCAUGUCGCAGUUUCGUCACGUCGCUGAUCCGACCGGACCAGAUGGGAACCCUCUAUUCGUCUGCUUCAGCUGUCACGUCAAUUGGGAUGAUGAUUGCCGGUCCGCUUUUGGCUUAUGCCUUUCGGUUGGGUUUGCAUCUGGGGCCUGCGUGGCUCGGGCUGCCGUUUACGCUGGCAGGAGCAAUAUACCUUCUGGGUUCCAUUUCUCUGGUUCUGUUGAGGGUUCCUGAUAGAGUCCAUAGAGAGUAG